AUGAGUCUAGCGGAGAAUCACCAAGAUCCGUUUAUGCUCCGCAUCCGAGUCAGGGUGCUUAGGAAAUCACACACACUCCUUCAAACGCACUUUGUGGGCCCGUGGCUGCUUUUGCUCCCACACCAGACCACAACUCCCUCGGUCGAAACUGUUUCCUCAAAACCCCCCACUUUCAUUACCCUACCCAAUCCCCGUAAAUUGCUCGGGAUAUUUGGCGGUCGUGCUACUGCUGCUUCCAACAAGAACAAGGAGUAUUUUAAUUCCAACGAGGACGACCCAGACGAAGUAUACGAAAUGGUACAAUCCUAUGGCACUGCGCCGAAUAGCCAUGCUCACGAAGAGCAUGAACCCGUACAUGGAGACGAGUCACGGGCGCUUCUUGGAGGCGAAAAUGGUCGUGUGCGCACAUUGAGCAAGGAAGAGGAUGGUCAUGCAACUCUUGUCAGUUGCAUAAGUAAUCUAUCGAAUACGAUUAUUGGAAGUGGCUCCGUAGCCGCGUUUGGCCUAUACCUCCUCUCGCUAUGCGCGACGAAGACGAAACACCGUCACGCGUCAUUCCACGCUAUCUCGCAGCUAACCUUUCCCGGCGCUGCUGUCUUCUUUGAUGCAGCUAUCGCGACCAAGUGCUUUGGCGUGUCUAUAAGCUAUUUGAUCAUCAUCAAAGGGCUCAUGCCUAACGUGGUCGCUUCGCUCUAUCAUGAUCUAACGUCCGAGACAACGAACCCGCCGGAGUGGGCUCUCAAUGGUGGCAACUGGAUCACACUGUUCAUGCUCAUCCUCGUUCCGCUCUGUUUCCUGAGACACCUGAACAGUUUGCGUCACACAAGCUACAUUGCGCUGUUUUCCGUAGUGAUCAAGUGCUAUUUCUGGCCGCUCAAAGGCAUGCCUGAGCCAGGGGAGAUCAGGUUGAUUCAUUUUACCCCCAACUUUGUCUCGACAUUCCCUGUGCAGUUGUUCCCCAUAUACAAUGAAUUGAAAAACAACUCGCAACGUCGCAUGAACACUGUUAUUGGGGGGUCGAUUGGAGCAGCCACGCUAACAUAUGAAGUUAUUGCUGUCUUUGGAUAUCUUACCUUCGGAUCCAAGGUUGGAGCGAAUAUCAUUGCCAUGUAUCCGUCGACAUCGCUCUUUAUCGCCAUCGGCCAACUGGCAAUUGUAGUCCUGGUGCUAUUUUCGUACCCGCUACAGGUUCACCCGUGCCGGAAUUGCCUGGACAAGGUGUUCCACCCUGGGCAUGCGAUCGCCCCUCCAAAGACUAACACUGCAGGGGAUGGGGAGGACGACGAAGAGCAGGAGCCAGAGCUAGGAGGGGACGAGCACGGGCACGGACCUGCUGAGAUGUCGACAGUCAAACACUUUGUGCUGACGUCUGUGAUUAUUGCAUCCGGAUUCACAGUGGCCUACCUGGUUGAUGAUUUGCAACUGGUGCUGUCGUUUGUGGGUGCGACUGGGUCGACGACGAUUUCGUUCAUUCUGCCUGGGCUGUUCUACUGGAAGCUGACACGAAACGACGGGAGCGUCAGCAGAUGGAUGAAUCUGGGGGCAUUUGGACUGAUGGUGUAUGGGCUGUGUAUAAUGAAUGGAAAGGGCCCAGCGGAUUAG